UUACCACACCUAGCUUCAUUCCCUCCAAAAAGCCAGACGCUCGCCAAUCGGUCUCUCCUUCUCUAAUGGCAUCUACCUCCGGUUCUCGGCACGACGGUCUAACCGAAAGAAUCCGAAACGCCACCACAACUUUAUACAGUGAGAACAACUCCCUCCUUGGUGAAAUUCGAAAAGCAAUGAGUUUGAUGAAGGAGGUUGCAGUUGAUUUAGAAAGAGAUAAUCAAUCUCAAAUGGUGAAGAAACUAGAGGAUGCUGCUAUGCAGCUGUCAGAAGCUUAUGGAGACUGUACACAUUAUUCAUCAUCCAUUGAAUCAAUUGGAAAUUUAUAUGAGCCUGGGACAGAGUUAACAGAUUUUAAGAAGUUGCUUGAGGGUGAGCUUGUGAAGUCCAAGACUGCUUCAUCAUCUUUUCCACAAAAGGAAUCACUGAUGCGUCAAUUCAGAGAAGCUGUCUGGAAUGUUCAUCAUGCAGGAGAACCAAUGCCAGGGGAAGAGCAGGAGGACGUUAUAAUGACCAGUACCCAGUGCAACCUUUUGAAUUUCACUUGUCCUUUGAGUGGAAAACCCGUUACUGAGUUAGCAGACCCAGUCCGAAGUGUGGAGUGCAAGCAUAUAUAUGAAAGGGAUGCAAUCUUGGCCUAUAUUAAAUCCAAGAAUAAAAAUGGCCGAUGCCCGGUAGCAGGGUGCCCCAAGAUUCUGAAGGCAGCAAAAGUUGUGUGUGACCCUCUGUUACAGGUUGAAAUAGAAGAAAUGCGGUCAAUGAACAAUAGAAAUGCCAGGCCUAAUGUGAUUGAAGAUUGCACAGGGCUUGAUGAAGAAGAAAAUGCGUAAGGAAAGUGGUUAAUGUGCAAGUGUAAUCUUACAUUCUGUUUUGGAUUCAGAAAUUGUAUUAUGUAUUAAUCUUUGGUAUUUUAUAAUUUUUUAAUUCCUAAUGGGAUUGGAUUUGAGUAAGAUUGAAUUGAGUUUAAGUUUGUCUUGACUUAAGUGUAGCUCAAGAUUGAGUUUGUCGAGUCUGUAUCAAAAGUGUUGGAGUUCAGUUUGUUUGAGAAAAAUCGAGUUUGAGUUCAAACUCAAAUUUGAGUUU